AAUGCCUCGGACCCAGACCUGGGACCUAGUGGUAACGUCACCUUUUCUUUCAGUGGUCACACCCCUGAUCGUGUGAGAAACCUCUUUAGCCUUCACCCCACGACUGGAAAGCUGACCCUUCAGGGGCCUCUAGACUUCGAGAGCGAGAAUUACUAUGAAUUUGACGUGAGGGCUCGUGAUGGGGGUUCUCCAGCCAUGGAGCAACACUGCAGCCUUAGGGUGGAUCUCCUAGAUGUAAACGACAAUGCCCCCCACAUCACAGUGACCUCGGAGCUGGGAACUCUACCAGAGAGUGCAGAACCCGGCACUGUGGUGGCCCUCAUCAGCGUGCAGGACCCCGACUCUGGGUCAAAUGGAGAUGUGAGCCUCCGCAUCCCUGACCACUUACCGUUCGCCCUCAAGUCCGCCUUCAGGAACCAGUUCUCCCUCGUGACAGCCGGACCCUUGGAUCGAGAGGCUCGGUCCAGUUAUGACAUCAUGGUUACUGCUUCUGAUGCUGGGAACCCUCCCCUGAGUACCCACAGGACUAUUUUCCUCAAUAUUUCAGAUGUGAAUGAUAACCCACCCUCGUUCUUCCAGAGGUCACACGAGGUGUUCGUCCCCGAGAACAAUCGCCCAGGGGACCUCCUUUGCUCCCUUGCGGCCUCUGACCCCGACUCUGGCUUAAACGCACUAAUCUCAUACUCUCUCUUAGAGCCCAGAAAUCGAGACGUGUCCGCGUCUUCCUUCAUUUCUUUGAACCCCCAGACAGGAGCUGUCCACGCCACUAGAUCGUUUGACUAUGAGCAAACGCAGACCCUGCAGUUUGAGGUACAGGCCAGGGACAGGGGCAGCCCACCCCUCAGCAGCACCGUCACGGUGCGCCUGUUUGUGCUGGACCUCAAUGACAAUGCCCCCGCGGUGCUACGCCCCAGGGCCAGACCUGGUUCCCUAUGUCCCCAAGCAUUGCCUCCAUCGGUUGGUGCUGGUCACCUAGUCACAAAGGUGACAGCCGUGGACUUGGAUUCCGGUUACAAUGCCUGGGUUUCCUAUCAGCUCCUGGAGGCCCCAGACCCCAGUCUCUUUGCAGUCUCCAGAUACGCUGGGGAAGUUCGGACGGCUGUU